AUGCGUUUCGGAUGUGUUUUGCUGUUUGUGACGCUGCUCGGCAUCACAGCCCAUGCCGUUGACUUGGAGUUGAAAUUUGUUCCGGUAAGCAGAUCUUUCUACUUAUCUAUGCUUAACUACUGUUCAGGAGGACCAACUGACAGAGCUAGAUGACUCCAACAACUUCCCCACCGCUCUGAACCAACAAAACAGCGCUGAACUAGAGGUCGACAAUAGAAAUGAUAAUGUAGAGGUUGGUAAACGUCUCUACAUCCUGCGCGACGGAUACAACAACGCAGUCAAGCGUUCGCUGCUUGAAGACAUGCUUUCAAUGGGACAAACCGAGUCGCUGGAGGAUGGUCACGGAAUGGAGAAACGGAUGUACAUCACCCACACCGGAUUCCGUCCGGACAAACGAUCGAUGGCGAUUGGCCGAGCUGGAAUGCGUCCGGGAAAGCGCGCGUUCGCCAUGACUACCACUCGGCGAGAGAAGAAAGGACAACUGCUGCCAGAGAGUUACUUGCCGAUCGACCGGUUCAUCUUCCUCGAAUAA